AUGCUGGCUGCUUACCUCAAAGCUCUCAAAUUUCGGAGCUGUGAAAACGUGGAGAAACAACUUCUGUUGAUCCAUGGGGCUUCGGUGAUGAAUGGGUUCGGCUCGAAUCUCGAGUUGAACAACAGGUUGAUAGAUUUGUACUCAAGACAAGGAAAUGUGAAACACGCACGUAAACUGUUUGAUAGAAUACCUAAAAGAGAUGUGGUUUCUUGGACAGUUAUGAUCUCAGGGUUUUCUCGAUGUGGUAAUCACCGGAACGCGUUGCUGUUGUUCAAAGAGAUGCGCCGGGAAGCUGUUAGGGCUAAUCAGUACACUUACGGGAGUGUUUUGAAGUCUUGCAAAGAUUUGGCAUGUCUGAAAGAAGGGAUGCAGAUACAAGGAUGUGUGGAGAAAGGGAAAUUUGCAGGGCACGUAGUCGUUAGGACUGCGUUGCUUUGUCUUUAUGCUAGUUGUGGAAAGAUGGAGGAUGCUCGUCUUAUGUUUGAUUCAAUGAAAAGAAGAGAUUUGGUUUCUUGGAAUGCAAUGAUCGAUGGAUACACUGCCGCAGCAUUUGCAGAUACUUCGUUUAGUUUGUUUCAGUUAAUGCUGGCAGAAGGGAAGAAGCCAGACUGUUAUACCUUUGGAAGCCUCUUGAGAGCUUCUAUUGAAGUUAAGUGUCUUCAAGUAGUCAGUGAAUUACACGGAUUUGCGAUUAAGCUUGGUCUUGGAAGAUCUGAUCCAUUGGCUGGUUCUCUGGUUGAUGCAUAUGUGAAGUGUUGUAGCCUUGCCAAUGCUUGGAAACUGUUCAAUGGCACGAGGAAAAGAGACGUCAUCGCUUGCACUGCUCUAAUCACAGGUUUUGCACAGCAGAACAACUGCACAAGCGAUGCUUUUGAUAUCUUCAAAGAUAUGAUACUGUUGAAAAGUGAGAUGGACGAGGUUGUGGUAUCCUCAGUGCUUACAAUAUGCACCAGCAUCGCAUCGAUAUCCAUCGGAAGACAGAUCCACGGUUUCGCCUUAAAAUCCUCCCAAAUCAGAUUUGAUGUUGCUUUAGGUAACUCGCUGAUAGAUAUGUAUGCAAAGUGUGGGGAGAUUGAGGAUGCGGUUCUUGCUUUCGAAGAGAUGGAAGAGAAAGAUGUGAGAUCAUGGAGCUCUUUGGUUGGAGGAUAUGGAAGACAUGGGAAUAUUGAGAAAGCAAUGGAUCUUUAUAACCGAAUGGAGCAAGAAGGGAUCAAACCGAACGGUUUCACAUUUCUUUCUCUCCUCUCUGCUUGUAGCCAUACAGGAGAAACCGAGGUAGGCUUGAAGAUUUUCAACACAAUGAUCAACAAGUACGGUAUCGAAGCUCGAGAAGAGCAUUUAUCUUGCAUCAUAGAUAUGCUUGCACGGAGUGGCUACUUGGAAGAGGCUUAUGAGCUGAUAAGAAGUAAGAAGGGUAUUGUAAAUUUUAGCUCAUCAACAUGGGGAGCUUUGCUUGAUGCGUGCAGGCGCCAUGGGAACGUGGAACUCAGCGAAGUAGCAGCCGCGGAGCUUCUGAGAAUGGAACCGAAUAAACCGGUUAAUUAUAUCAAUUUGGCAAGUGUAUAUGCAGCUACUGGAGCUUGGGACAAUGCUUUGGAGACUAGAAAGCUUAUGAAAGAGAGUGGUUCUUGCAGUAAAGCUCCUGGAUACAGCCUUGUGUAUUGA